UGCGUGGUCCCCGGGAGUUGUAAACAAGGCGUGCAGGUGUCGGAGGAGCUGUCGGGAUGCAGCAGCCAAGAGGAGCAGCAGGAGGCCGUGGCUGCGCUCUCUUUCCACUGCUGAGCAUUUUGUUUGUCCAAGGUGUGCCUACCGUCCUUUCUUUGGAGAUCAGUGCCGAUGCCCACGUCCGAGGAUAUGUUGGAGAAAAUAUCAAGUUGAAAUGCACCUUCAAGUCAUCUUCCGAUGUCACUGACAAACUGACCAUAGACUGGACAUACCGCCCCCCCAGCAGCAGUCGCACAGAAUCCAUCUUUCACUAUCAGUCUUUCCAGUACCCAACUACAGCGGGCACAUUCCGAGACCGGAUUUCCUGGGUUGGAAAUGUGUACAAAGGGGAUGCAUCCAUCAGCAUCAGCAAACCCACUCUAAAGGACAAUGGGACGUUCAGCUGUGCUGUGAAGAACCCUCCAGACGUGUACCACAAUAUCCCCCUGACAGAGCUCACGGUCACAGAAAGGGGUUUUGGCACCAUGCUAUCCUCUGUGGCCCUUCUCUCCAUCCUCGUCUUCAUCCCCUCGGCCGUGGUGGUCAUCCUGCUGCUGGUGAGGAUGGGAAGGAAAGCGGCAGGGGUGAAGAAGAGGAGCAGGUCUGGCUAUAAGAAGUCUUCCAUUGAAGUUUCCGACGACACUGACCAGGAGGACAACAAUGACUGCAUGACAAGGCUUUGUGUCCGCUGUGCCGAGUGUCUGGAUUCAGACUAUGAAGACACGUACUGAUGAAGUGUGUGUGUGAUGGAAGAAGUGUUACCUAACCACAGGAAAUAUCCCAUUCCUCUGGCCCGGAGUGCCACUGGCAGGGAAGCAGUGACAGAAGGUUCCGAAGGUCAUUGGUGAAGACGUUAAGGACCAUUUAUUUAUUGAAGAAGUGUUUGCUUUGUAUUUAUAAACUGUUCAGAAACUU